CCGUCCGCCUUCUUCAGGAAUCGCCGUGGUUCCUCGUGACCAUAACUGCAUCCCCUGGUGUGCCGCGAAGUUCUGGCACCUUUGACCUGCCGCCGAAAGUCCGCAUUGCAUUCCACGCUGGCGAAAGCUCGGGUCGGCCUUCCAUUGGAAUCCAGCCAUGGCAGCUCCAACAGAACAGCGGAUAGCUGUCCCUAUCGACGACCCCAACGCUGACACCGAGUGGAACGAAAUCCUGCGCAAGCAUGGAGUGAUCCCCGAAAAGCCCCCGUCGCCGACGCCGAUGAUUGAAGAGGCCAUUCUUGAAGGUCGGAGACUUGCGCACGAGAACCGGUUGGAAGGCAAAGACCUCGACGAGCUGGAUGAGCUAGAGGACGACGAGGACGAGGCCUUCUUGGAACAAUACCGACAGAAGCGCAUGCGAGAACUCGACGCGUUGACGAAAAAGGCGAAACACGGGGCUGUCUAUCCAAUCUCAAAACCAGACUACUCGCGCGAAGUCACAGAGGCGUCCAGCAAGGGACCCGUCCUCGUCAACUUGACGUCGCCCAUGGGCAGCAAUGUUGAGUCUAGAGUAUUGUCGGAGCUCUGGAAGCAGGCGGCGAAGGAAUACGGAGACGUCAAAUUCUGCGAGAUCCCUGCAGACAAGGCCAUAGAGGGCUAUCCCGACCGCAACUGCCCGACCAUUCUUGUGUACAAGAAUGGUGACAUUGUCAAACAGAUUGUCACGCUGGUACAGAUGGGUGGUGUAAGAGUUGGUAUGCUUCAGAUCGACGACUUACUCGUCGAGAUAGGUGCUGUGGGCGAGAAGGACAUGCGCGUGGUCAAGAGGAAAAGAGAUGCCGAGGACGCCAAGGAGGAGGCGCUGAUGUCUGGAAAGGGCAUAAAAAGCGGCAAUUUAAGACACAACUUGGUGGCUGAUGACGACGACCUGGACUGGGACUGAGAGCAAGGGACCAGGGGAAAGAGGAGAUUCAGAACUCGGCAUAUCAUCAGGUUCUGCAUUUGGAUCGCACGCCAGCACGAAACUACCCUCGCAACGCGGACCUUCAGACAUGAGACAAUCAGCAUCUACACACGUGCUCUCAUCAGACAGUCCCGUUCCGCUCUAUGAUGUGCCUGCAGUGACUUCGACUAUCAGAGAA